CUGCAUGCGACCAUCUCUGGUUAAUUUUCAUAUUUAAUGCCAGUCUGAGGCGACAGUAAACCACUAAAUUAUUUAACAAGUGUACAGCCGAAUUUAAAAAUGGUGAUGACAGAAUCUAUAAAAGAGACGCUGAUAACAUGGAACAGCGCUGUAGAAUUUCAUAAUUCCGGAAAUUACAAUGAGGCAAUAGAAAAUUAUUAUAAAAUACAAGUAGUGUCGGCAAGAAUGCGUUAUAACAUGGCAUGUGCUGAAAUCAAACUAGACAACGAACUUGCAGCUAUCGAGAAUCUGACGAUGGCCAUCGAGCAAGACAAAUAUUUAGCUGUCGCAUUCUUUCUACGAGGAACCUUGUACCUACAACGUAACAGCAUCGGAAAUUCUAUAUCCGACCUUGAGAUGACACGUGCAUUGUUACGAGGAAACACGUUUAUAGACUAUAAGCCACUAGGUCUACUUAUAAGAAUUAAUAGUUUUCAGGUCAAACAUAAUCUUGCACUGGCCUACAUUAAAGCAGAAAGAAUGUCAGACGCACGUGCACUUCUUCUAGAAGCGUUUCAUGACGCAGAAGAUCUUCAGAAGAAAUCCAUCAACGCGUCAUUGGAGAGAUUUGAUAAUGGUGACGCUGAUCUUAUACAAACUAUGAACGUGUCCCCUGACAGAGUGUUUGCUCCGCCCAAAUCCGUGACCAAAAACAUCAGAAAACCGGGUAUUGUUAGGAAGGCCAAAGUUGUGUCUGCUGCAAAUGCAGAUGAUAGAAACGCAGCGUUCGAGGGUUCUAAACGAGUGCGCGAGUUAAAAAUGAAACCUGUUUCAACCGACAAAACAGUCAACCCUUUGAAACGUUUCAUUAAACGUCACUCCCAGAGUAACCUUACAAAUCACGAGAAAGUAAAAGGACCUCCAGAAUUCAAGGGCAUGAAAUCGAGCAAGUCAAUGAGCGACCUAUGCGCAGACCUUAGCGCAGACGACAGUUCAGUUCUCACCGGAAGUAGCUGUGCAUUUGUGAUAAUUAAUCGUUUAUUUCAGAAAAGAACUUCCGGUUCUACAGAUAUCCUGACAAAUACUCAAAUCAAACAAAAAAUGCAGGUUGUUGGGAGCGAUGUGAAGUCAUUUCCGUUCUCGGGAAUGAAAAAACUGUUACAAAAUAAAAAGAAAGUUUGCACGUGCUUAGCAUCUCGUAAUGAGAAGAUUCCGCUGUUUGUAAUGAAAGGUAGUGGAUCUGUAGUUGACAAUAGCCAAUCACGCAUUCAAACGGAUGGAAUUAAUAAUGGAGUUGAACAAAAACAAAACAUAAACCAUGAAAUAACCGCAUAUGAAAAGCUGGCUUUUCAAUCAAAGAACCAUAAAAAUUCUUUCGGAUCGGCAUUCGGAAAUUAUUUCAAUAAUUAUUGUAUAAACCAUACAUUAUCCUCGUCACGUGAUGUCCUCACUGCUAUCGUCACGCCCACUGAACAUGAAAAUAACGCAGAUACCACGGAAACUCCCCUAGCUCAUUCAAACAAAGUCGAGACAGAUUCUUUUACAGGAUCUGAAACAACCGACCAUGGUACACAAACUGAUGACGAAUUUUGCAAUAGAACUGAUAAACUAGAAAAAACGAAAACACGGAAGCCCCGCCCACCUCCGCCUUCAUAUCCUCCGCCCCCUUUGCCUCCUUCGGUGUUAAUUUAUGUUUGAUAAUGUUAUAUUGUGUAUACUAUAUAUAAAUGUGAUA